AGCUCCCCCCCCUCGCGCGCGCCCUUCUCCUGGCGAUGGAACGGCCUGGGAGUCAGAGCAAGAAAGUCAAGUUGAGCAACGCGGUGCAAAGCUGGGGAAUGCAGAGAGCUACCAACGUCACUUAUCAAGCCCAUCAUGUCAGCAGGAGCAAGAGAGGCCAAGUGGUGGGGACGAGAGGUGGCUUUCGCGGCUGCACAGUCUGGUUAACAGGGCUGUCUGGGGCUGGAAAGACCACAGUUAGCAUGGCAUUGGAGGAGUAUUUAGUGUGCCAUGAUAUUCCAUGCUACACGUUGGAUGGUGACAAUAUUCGCCAAGGCCUUAAUAAGAAUCUGGGCUUCAGUCCGGAAGACAGGGAAGAAAAUGUCCGACGUAUUGCUGAGGUUGCUAAGUUGUUUGCAGAUGCUGGUCUGGUGUGCAUCGCUAGUUUUAUCUCUCCUUAUACCCAGGAUCGGAGCAAUGCCAGGCAGAUUCAUGAAGGUGCAAGUUUGCCUUUUUUUGAAGUAUUCGUGGAUGCUCCACUGCAUGUCUGUGAAAAGAGAGAUGUCAAAGGACUCUACAAAAAAGCCCGGGCUGGAGAAAUUAAAGGUUUUACUGGCAUUGACUCGGAGUAUGAAAAGCCUGAGGCUCCAGAACUAGUGCUGAAAACUGAUUCCUGUGACGUGAAUGAUUGCAUUCAACAAGUAGUGGAACUUCUUCAAGAAAGGGACAUUGUACCGGUGGAUGCCUCUUAUGAGGUGAAAGAGCUGUAUGUGCCAGAAAACAAGCUCAAAUUGGCCAAAAGUGAUGCAGACACUCUGCUAACGCUGGAAAUAAAUAAGGUGGAUAUGCAAUGGGUGCAAGUACUGGCAGAGGGUUGGGCUACACCACUUAAUGGCUUUAUGAGAGAGAGAGAAUACUUGCAGUGCCUUCAUUUUGAUUGUCUUCUAGAUGGGGGAAUUAUUAACCUGUCAGUGCCUAUAGUGCUGACGGCUAGCCAGGAAGACAAAGAGAGACUGGAUGGAUGUACAGCUCUUGCACUGGUGUAUGAGGGGCGUCGUGUGGCCAUUCUUCGUAACCCAGAGUUUUAUGAACACAGGAAAGAGGAACGCUGCGCCAGACAGUGGGGAACAAUAUGCAAGGAACAUCCCUACAUCAAGAUGGUGAUGGAGCAAGGGGACUGGCUUAUUGGUGGAGAUCUACAAGUCCUUGACCGUAUUUAUUGGAAUGAUGGUCUUGAUCAAUACCGUCUCACUCCUGCUGAACUAAAGCAGAAGUUCAAAGAAAUGAAUGCUGAUGCUGUCUUUGCAUUCCAGUUGCGCAACCCAGUGCACAAUGGCCAUGCUCUGUUAAUGCAGGAUACCCAUAAGCAGCUUCUAGAACGGGGCUACCGGCGUCCGGUUCUGCUCUUGCAUCCACUUGGUGGCUGGACAAAAGAUGAUGAUGUUCCUCUGAUGUGGCGUAUGAAGCAACAUGCGGCAGUACUGGAGGAAGGAAUAUUGAAUCCAGAAACAACAGUGGUGGCCAUAUUUCCAUCUCCCAUGAUGUAUGCUGGACCAACGGAGGUUCAAUGGCAUUGCAGGUCACGGAUGGUAGCAGGAGCUAACUUCUACAUCGUGGGACGGGAUCCAGCAGGCAUGCCACAUCCUGAGACUGGGAAAGAUCUCUAUGAACCAACCCAUGGUGCAAAAGUGCUGACUAUGGCACCAGGUCUCAAAACAUUGGAAAUUGUACCCUUCAGAGUUGCAGCUUACAAUAAGAAAAAGAAGGGCAUGGAUUAUUAUGACUCUGAACACCAUGAAGACUUUGAGUUUAUAUCAGGAACCCGCAUGCGCAAGUUGGCUCGGGAAGGACAAAACCCUCCUGAAGGUUUCAUGGCUCCCAAAGCCUGGACUGUGCUGACAGAGUACUACAAAUCCUUGGAGAAGGCUUAGGCCUCUUAUUAACUGCAGAUCAAUCUUUGACGCUUGAUUUAUUACCAAGAAGGGGACCACACAGUCACC